GCUUGUUUGAUCAGCUCUACAAAUGGAACUAAUCCAACUGUUCCUCACUGAGACAUUGGAGUUGAUGGAGUUUCUCUUCACUAGUAACCAGCUCUAAGGUCCAAACACUGAUGUGCACCUGCACACAGGAUGUGCUCCUCCGUCUCUAUGGUAACCGGCCCCGCCUCCUCUCCCCUCUCCCAACCGCAGCGGGGGGGCCCACGGGAGGUGGGAGGAGCCCUUCCGAAGCGGGCGGCCCGGGUCUGAUGUCCCAGCUCGUCCUGCUUUGUCCUCAGCUGCAGCAGACGCCGCUUCUCCCCAGGUUCACCAGAGGAAACCACACAAAAUGCUUCUGCUGCCGCCGGCUGCUCUGUGCUGUCUGUGUUCAGCGCUGGUCGCCACGGCAACACAGCUGAUUCAGGAGGAUGUAACACUGACCAGGAGAGUCGGUCAAAAUGUCUCCUUCAGCUGUAGAGGAACUGAGGAGUGUUAUGGCGGAUAUACACUCUGGUACCAGAAGAAAGACACAGAAACAUUUAAACCGAUUCUCUACAUUUAUAGAAACAGUGGUUCCAUUUACAAAUAUAAUCAUCCUCAGAAAGCUGACUUCUCAUCUGUAGAUAAAGGUAAAGGUUAUGAGUUGCAGAUCCAGACAGUUGGACCCUCUCAUUCAGCCUCAUACUACUGCGCCUGUUGGAAGUCUGACAGGUAUGUGUGGAUCUUUGGUUCUGGGACUAAACUGUACGUAACAGAUGAUCCGGUGCUGAAGCCCGUGGUGGGUGUGUACCCGGCGGCGUCCACGGCCCCGGACGGGAAGACCUCCCUGAUGUGUGUGGCCUCAGGCAUGUCUCCUCCUGAGGUCCGCUUCUCCUGGAAAAGACAGAAGGACCACGGAACUGAGGAGGAUCUGCCCGACGCCCAGGGAGAACAGCUGGAGGUCCAAGAGUCUGGACGGAGAACCUCCAUCAGAACCAUCCAUCAGAACCACAACAGCUCAGAUAAAUACUGGUGCACGGUCCAGCACGAGGGGGGCACCACCCACCAAGAGGUUCCAGCUUCAGCCUCCUGUCCUCCACAGAGAAGGUCAGCAGACCCACCAGCUCUGCACAAACCACAGCAGAAGAUCAGCCGCCGCCUCCUCAUGGACAGCGCUGUGUCCUUCCAGGUCCAGACCAGGCUGAAGCUGCUCUGUGGACUCUACACCGUCCUUAUAGUGAAGAGUCUGGUCUACUGCUGUGGACUCUGUCUGCUCAUGAGCCUCUGAAACCAGGGACCGCCCACCACCGGAUCACAUGACCACCCGCUGUUCACCGCUCGCCUUUUCUCACAUCACUUCAGCUCCUUCCUCACUUUGCUCAGGAUUCACACCUGGACGUUCCGACACGUCCCGCUCGGAUGGACAUUUGGACAUUUGACUUCCACAUGUCCAACAUUCUAUUUACAGAUACUUAAUAGUUCACAGUUGAGUUUGCUUUGAUUUUCAGGAUCCACUUCAUUCCACCUCCAUCAUCGUCUGAAUAAUAGAAAAAUACACAUUCACAUCCAUUCACAUCCAACAAUAAUGAUCCCAUUCUUUUCAUUUCUGUUGAAGAUUUCAUUGAUUUGAUCGUAGAUUCUGAAGGUCUUUGCUUGGAUUGAUGUUUAUCAUCAGAUGCAUCUAGAGUUUCUCUGGAUUGAUUAUGAUGAGGUCGCUUAGAAAACAUACAAAUACAUAGAAACACAUGGAGGAAUUUAUCGGCUUAUUUUCAUUUUAAUACACGUUUUUUUUCUUACGACCACAAAUCUCACACUUUGUCGUUUUUAUCAUUAUUCUGUCAUUUCAAUAAUGUCUCACGUCUGAUUUUGAAUUUGAAUUUCUCACAUUUUACCAAGUAGCUUUAAAAUACAUAAACUCAAACCUAUUAUUAUUAUUAUUAUUAUUAUUAUUAUUAUUAUUAUUAUUAUUAUUAUUAUUAUUAUCAUUAGUGAAAUAAUUCCUGAAGUAAAUGUGAUUGAAUGGAGUUUGAAUGUUGUGUCUUAUCUUCAGUUGUUUUUAUUCGUUUGAAUGUUUCUAGUACUUGUUUGCUUUUUCUUCUCACUAUAUGUAGAUUAUAUACAAUAUGUUCAUGAGAUUCAACCAGUGGAACUUUUUCAAUAAACUCAAAUAUUGCAGCGUU